UCUCGCGUGAUGAGACUUGUAGUGUCGGGAGAUUGUGAUAGACAGGAGCUUGGCAUCUUGCAGCGAAUACAGUUCAGCGGGAGGUGUAGGUAGCGGACUGUGUUGGGCAGUAUGGCCCAGUGAUAUCGCCGAACUGCACACUUCGUACAGGAGAGCGGGAGUGAUUAUUAGACGAUGGUGGUUCCUGGGAAUUCCCCUGGUAUUCCACGAGAUCAUGCAAUAGACCUCAGCGACAGAGCAAUGGACUUGGCAGCAGAGCCAGAUCAUAGCUCAGACUUAAAUGAAGUACAGAAACUCCAUGAUUUGGUAAAAAGAUUAGAAAUUCAAAAUCAGCAGCUGAAGAUUAAGAGGAUUCCGCAGAGUUCCAACAUACAAAACUUAUCCGGCAUUGAUAAUCAUCUUUCUGCUUUAAAUUGCACUGGAGUUAUGAAUAGCAUCAACAUCCAGCCUGAGAAAGGAGAUCUUCAGAUAAUCCCAAACCUACAGUCGCAACUUGAUCAAAUCAACUCGGAGAAGGAAAACAUUCCAGCUUUGAGACUGGAUGCACAGGUGCAGUACGAGAAGGUAUGCAGUGACUCAAAACCUGGAAGCAAAGUCGAGAUCCACUGUGAACAGGAUGAUAGUUCCUUCUACUGUGUUGAUAGCAGUGCAAGUGCAGAGCUGGAGGAAGCAUUCGGCAGAAUGUCUGAGCUGAAUUCAAGUGGAGAAAAUAUUUUGGAUGAAACCGCACUCGAUGAAGUAGAUGUGCUGGAACUGGGAUCUUGCAGUGAAGAUGAGGAGGAUUGUUGGUUGUAUGUGUCGCCAAGAAAGGUGGAAAACGCAGAGCAGAAACCAGAUUCUCCAUUAAAAUGGUGCAGACAGGUGUUGGACCACCACAGCCCAGAAACAGAAGCUGCUUGUCGUUCCUUAAUAGGCAAACUCGACCAAGCGAGUAGAUGGAAAAGCCUGUACUGCAGCCCACUGGCAUCGCCAUCUGCAUAUAACACCAAUGCUGAAUGCAGCUAUGGUAGCAAUACACUAAACUCACCGGGGUGCCUCAAAUCCACUAACAAAGCACUACUAACUUGUGGGAGUUCAGGUUAUUUAAGUAUCCAUUCUGCCCUAAGCUCUCAGUCUUCUGUAGACAGUGAGUUGAGUACCUCUGAUGACUCCAUAUCCAUGGGCUACAAACUACAAGAUUUGACCGAUGUGCAGGUCAUGGCCCGUCUGCAAGAGGAAAGUCUCCGGCAGGACUAUGCCUCCAGCUCCGCGUCUGUUUCCCGACGUAGUUCAAGUGCUUCUCUUCAUUCUCUCAGAAGAGGAACGUUCAGUGACCAGGAAUUUGAUACAUACAGUCUGGAGGAUGAAGAUGAUUGUGAUUGUUCUCUGUCCUUCCGUAGCUCACACCAGUAUUCCCCUUCACCUCUUAGUUCACCCCGGUGCCAGUCUCCUUCAGCGGCUGAGAGGAGGGCAACAACUUCACGUAUCAGACCCCCCCGAAGAUCUAUUCAGAAUCCUGUCCAAGAGCGAAUGAAAUAUGCAAACUGUGAAGAUGAAAUGCGCCACAGUAUGCCUAACCUGGCAAAGACAAGCUUGCGUUCCCUUGAAGCUGUAAGAAGCAGUCGAAGUUUGGAGUCUGAUCUCCAGGGCCCAAGCAGCCGUUUAACCAGGAUGCAGCAGCCUUCAACCAGUACUCCUCCAAGUAAACUGCGAUAUGCAAACAAUCAACCUGCACUGUCCGUUCGCCAGCCUAUUAAACCAGGUGUCAGCACAAGUUCACACUUGACCUCAAGGCAAGCAAUAAAAUCCUCUGGCUACAAUAAUUCAAGUGGUAUACGUAAAAUCCAAUCUUCUCCUGGUCUGAAUCCUUCAGGAUCUGGUGCAGUUUCCAGAACACCCUCCAUUAAACAUUCCAAUGUGAAAUCUCAGGCAACGAUUGGAUCCACUGUGCCAAAAAGUAAAAUGAUUCAGCCAUCCAGAAGAUCUCUUCCUUCUGCAAAGAUGAACAACACGCUGGACGAUGAUUCAUGGAAAGAUGGAUGCUAUUAAGUCAACUCAAAGAUGAGUUUAUCCUUAUCUUAUGUCCAGCGGGCUGGACACUGGCAUUUCAGAAGAGAACUGGAAAACAUUUUGCUGUCAGGUUUUAUUACCUGCUUUUGUCACAGAAUCCAAUUUCAGAUUUUUUUUUCUUUUCGGUUCUCAAGCUUGAAUUUAAAGAACUCUGUGUUGUUAGCUGUAGCUGUCAUUUUCGUCACUGCCAUAUCUUUGCACCUAAACUAGAGUCCUGCGCGGAAACAAUUUUUACCCCAACCCGCGACCCAAACCACAACCCGCAUAUUUUCCCACUUUGAGCCACUACCCGACCGUGACCAGCAACUGCCUUAUCCACAUCCAAUCACCAUCAAACAGGAAGUGAUGAUGCUGCAAACCAGAAGUGAUGUCAUCAAAAGUGGGCAGGGACAGAAACACGUUUUGUAAAACUUUAAAAGGAGUAGAAUAUAGACAAUAUUAGAUAAAAUAAGAAAUUUAGAUGAGACCCGCAACCCGACCCACAGCUAUACCCGCACCUGAAAAUCCUCCCCUCAUUCCGCAGGGUGCCCCCUUUUUUUGCGGAUAACGGACACGCUGCAGGACUCGAACCUAAACACUGAGAUAGAAAAUGUGUUGUUUUGGUGCCACCAACAAAACAAACUUUUUGCACUGCUGUAAAUCUUAAAGGACCAGUAACACCAACACUGAAAGCCGGUAAUGCAACUUGACUAUUUAUUAACUAUUUAUUUAAAGCUACUAUUAUAUGUACUGUACCUAUAACAAUAUUUUCUUUUACACAGAAUUCCAAGAUUUUAUCUAAACAAAGCUCCACUGGCUCUGUUUGUUCUUUAGGGCCAUAAAAAAUAAAAUCUAUUCGUGAACUGCCACAAAAGACCAACCAGAAGAAAAUACUGGUAUUUGCAAAUACAAAUAUGAUACUUUCUAAGUGUUAACUGAGUUUUAUGUAUAAAUGCUUGUAUGUGAUUUUCUGGUGUUACUGGUCCCUUAAGUGAGUCAUUUGAAAGAUAGCUGUAAUAUAGGUGUUCUUAAACGUUGUUUUUUUGUUUUGUUUUUUCAUCAUUUUGACUGGUUAAAGAGCUCACAGGUUUUUCUACUCACUCUACUCAGAGGCAGAAGUUUUUUCAACUGCAGACUUUUGUAAUGUCCUUGACUUGACUUUCUUGAAAUGUGAUUAUACACAAAUAUAUGGUUAUGAUUUAGAAUCCACUGCAAGGACUAGAGAAGAAUUCUUGUGCCAGUAUAAAUGGAUUAGAUAGGACGGUGCACAAUAUUUGUGUGGUAACAGAGUAAUUAGAUGCUACGUGUAGAAGAAACUUCCAUGUUUUUGUGAGACACCUUUUGAUUAUCUUGCUUGACAUACUUCCAGUGAAUAAAAACAUCUACUGAC